UCCAGUCAAGCAAGUACGGCUCAUAUAUACUUGAAUGGAGAAAGACGUAAGAAUAAAAUCAGACAAAAAUGGUAUAAUAAAUUAAGCUUUUUUAAAAAUUAAAUCUAAUCAUUCAAAUCAUCUGUGGCUUCAAUGUGAGACCACAAGGAUUAACAAGAACAGUACUUUCUCAUCAUUGUGUUGCUCGUACAACAAUAGGCCUAUAUUUAAGAAAAAAAGAAAAGGUGGAGUAACAUGCCGCUUAAUGUCUCCGCCCAUAUUUAAAAUAGAUUUAUACCAUGUUUAGCCAGUGAGAUCUCAGUGAUUGUCAUCUUCAUCAUGACCAUCAUCAUCUCUCUGCUCCUGCUGGCCUCUCUGCUGCCACACUUGACCUUCACUGCUCGUGUGAAUGUGGGUAUAGUGAACGGCAGGGAAGCCAAACCUCACUCCAGACCUUACAUGGUUUCUCUUCAGAAGAACAGGAAUCAUAUCUGUGGUGGAUUCCUCAUUUCUGAUCAGUUUGUCUUGACUGCUGCACAUUGCUGGAACGGAUAUGCGAUUUUGACGGUUGUGGUUGGUGCUCAUGACUUAAGAAACAGCGAGAGUUCAAAUCGCAUCGGAGUGAAGUCCUACAUCCCACAUCCAAAUUAUACAUCUAGGCCUAAUCGGAAUGACAUCAUGCUUUUGAAGCUAGAGAAAAAAGUCAAACUAAACAACAAUGUUAGCCUGAUAUCAUUACCAAGGAAUGGAGAAGACGUGGGAACAGAUACUGUCUGUAUUGUUGCCGGCUGGGGAAGACUGCAGACCAAUGGCGCAGGAAGCAACCGUCUAAUGGAGGCAAACGUGACUACAAUAAAUCAGGCAGAUUGUCAGCGUAGAUGGGAAUUGACCUUCCUGGCCUCACAGAUGAUCUGUGCAUAUGGCGGUGGUGGAUCCUGCAAAGGGGAUUCAGGAGGUCCUUUGGUUUGUGGAGACACUGCUGUUGGGGUCACGUCUUUUGGAUAUAGAUAUCUCUGCAAUUCACCCGAGCAUCCUAAUGUGUAUACUAAGAUUUCAGCAUUUAUUCAAUGGAUCCGCAAAGAAAUUGGAAAUAUUAAGUGACUUCAUGUAAACUAAAAAAGGAAGAAAUGUUUUUCUUGAAUUCUUCCAUAAACCGUCUUUCAAUAAAAGUAUCACAUGGCAAGCAUUAAUUAUAGUCAAAGUGUUCUCGUUGUCACAACCACAUAUAAUUACA